AAACAACCUGCCUCAUCCCCACUACACAUCACCCCAUCAUACACCUCAAAAGUUCCCCUCCCAUAAACACCAACACCAUGGGUAAAAACAAAGGCAGCAGCGGGGGCGGCGACAAGAAGGGCAAAGACAGCGGCGGCGACAAGAAAGGCCUCAAGCCGGCGACGGCCAUCAACGUGCGGCAUAUUCUUUGCGAGAAACACUCCAAGAAAGAAGAAGCCCUAGAGAAACUCCGCAACGGGGCCAAGUUCGACGAGGUCGCGAGGGAGAUGUCGGAGGAUAAGGCGCGGCAGGGCGGAUCCCUGGGAUGGAAGGUCCGCGGCAGCUUGAAUGGGGACUUUGAGAAGGCAGCGUAUGAGCUGGAGCCUAGUACGACGGCGAAUCCGAAGUAUGUGGAGGUGAAGACGGGGUUCGGGUAUCAUAUUAUUAUGGUUGAGGGGCGGAAGUAGAUUUCUUGUGGUUGGGUUGACUGAAGAAGAUUUACUUGGUAAUAAGAUGGGUGAGAGGGUUGGUACCAUUGUGAUGAUGACAUGCGGAGUGAUGAUUGGAAGCAUAGGUCUAUGGAGAUGAUGCUUGCUAAACUUAAUAUGUACAAUUAUGGAAUGGGAACUUUGAUGGCGCGGGUGAAGACCCCUUACUACUCCUUCUUUGCGGCCGC